ACGUUGUGGUAGGAAAAUAUCCUUACAAUAUUCACUCGCAAACAUUUAUUCUUUUUUGCUCAUCUUCGCCCUUAUAAUUGAUGACGAAUCAGCUUUACCCGCCAUCGCUACGAUUGCCGUCACAUACUGAUUCCUUAAAUUGGAUCUUGGCCGUUUUCUUAAUUGUAAUUAUUUCACAUGUUAAUGCUACCAAGCAUUUUGGACAUGGAGGUGGCAAAAUAAUUAAAAUUUUCGUUGGCGGUGGAAAAGGUGGAGGAUUCGGUGGCGGACAUGGAGGAUUCGGUGGCGGACACGGAGGAUACGGAGGUGGAUACGGAGGUGAACAUGGAGGAUACGGGGGUGGAUACGGAGGAUUCGGAGGUGGUUUCGGUGGAUUUGGAUUUGGAGGUUUCGGAAAACAUUGGGGGUAUCAUAAAUAUAAGGAUUAACAAAAGAAGACAAUAAA